AUGAUGAUGACAACCGCUGACGAGCUGGCUUCGUCGCUUCGAUGUGCCGAGUUCCUUGCCGAUUCACCAUCCACGUCCACAUUACUCCAUCACCAUGUCGGUACCGUGACCAACAGUCUGCAUCAUAACGAACAUCGACGUCGCUCUGGCCGAAUCGUACUUCAAGCGGUCAACCAACGACGUCUCAGUCAUGGACAGCCAACCGUAAUUUCCCGUAAGCGGCCGUCCACAGUUGAUGUUCGCCUGAAUACAGCCCAGCGACCAUCGGUUCCAAGCUGCCUCGAUCGCUCAAUUCAUCGAGAUGAACGUGUUCUUGAGAACUUGCUUAUUGCGGAGGAAAAUCUCAAAUCAAAUCAUCUGUACUUCACCGCUGUCCAGGAGCAUAUUGAGCCAAUACAUCGCGAACAGGCGGUGGAAUGGAUAUUUGAUGUGGCAAAGGAGGAGAAAUGUGACGCGGAUGUCUUCCCGCUGGCAGUCUCCCUCAUUGAUCGCUUUCUCUCUCUACAGAACAUAUUCCGACAAGAUAUUCAGGUCUUAGCUGGUGUGUGUUUAUUUAUCGCUAGCAAGGUGAAGGCGCCGCAACCAAUGAAUGCAGCACGUGUGUCGUACUACACAGCGGACAGCGUCAAAGUUCAUGAUGUUUUGAGUUGGGAACUGCUAGUGCUGGCACAUCUCAAUUGGGAGAUCACAUCGCCCACUGGAUUUGAUUUCUUCGACCAUCUCUCCGCUCGUCUGCCAUCGCUGCACACGCUGCGACCGGCGUUCACAUCAGUUCUGCACAGGAUUCAGCGCUGUGAGUUGUUGUUCUACAGCUUACAUUAG